AUGCUCAUGUCAUGGGCCGGCGAGGAUGCCGAGACGGCAGGCCCGCCUAACUUAGAGCAGGAGGCGCAGCGGUCGUGGGCAGAGGUGCGCGCGGAGGGCGUCGUGCAUGGCGACGAACGCUACGCCAACCUACUGUGGAAUGCUGAGCGGCAGCGUGCCAUGGUCAUCGACUUCGACCGCUCCAUCCUCCUCUCCGCCGCUAAGCACAAGCAGGUCAUGCUGCUCGCCGGUAAGAAAAGAAAACGAUGUGAGGAAGGGUCCCGAAAGUUUAGUUGGAAGGAUAUAGUGUUCUCCAAGGACCAGUCUAGCUCUGUUACAACCAACUUAUGA